UGCAACUUUGUCUUCUUUGGUGGUUGGAAUAAGAAAGCUCCCAAGAAGAAUCCCACCGACGCUUACCUAUCCCACCUAGACUUUCCCUCUCUUUUAUAACCUCUAAAACGCGCCCACCACCAUUAAUAGCUAGCUAGCAAGAAGAUCAGCUUUAGAUAAUUUUAGCUGGCUAUAUAGAAACUCCACCUCGAUUAGUGCUAAUACAUACAUGGGAAACUGUCUCUUUGCAGGCUUAGGAGAGGUCGAACAUGGAGUAACCAAAGUGGUCACAUCCAACGGAGGCAUCAUGGAAUUCUACGCUCCAAUAACCGUAGGAUGCAUCACCAAUGAAUUCCCUGCAGGCCACGGCAUUUUCCGCAGCCAUGAUCUUUUCUGGAAACCACUCCCUCACCACGAAGAGCUCGUGGCCGGGGAGUCCUACUAUCUCCUCCCACUCAAUGACAUCACAGACGACAACACGCGCACGCACGGACAAAUCGUCAGGCGGCAAGGCCACGUUCGAUCCAUCAGUAGCGUAUCUUCGUCGUCGACGUUGGCUGCCCCAUAUAGGAUGUCACUCGAUUACCAAGGGAUGCUGAAGAGGUCGUACACGGAGGUCUUCUCAAGGUACAACAAUGGCCGGUUCUGGAAAGUGAAGCUGGUGAUAUGCCCAGAACAGUUGUUGGAGAUACUGUCGCAAGAGGCUCGCACCCAAGAGUUGAUAGAGAGCGUGAGGACGGUGGCAAAGUGUGGUAAUAAUGGUGGGGUCUCGCCUGUGGAGUUCUCAGAUGCAUGGAGCCUCUCAAGCAGUCGGAAUGCUUCCUCUAAGAAAGAAGGCUUAGUGGACAUUUAGGGGAAUUAAUGUACAAUUCUCACCUUAAUUGGUUUCCUUUUUUUGUUUCAAGUUCCAGGCGUGGUAUGAAAACUAUACCCUAUGUCAUGUCUUCAGUACUGUUGUUUCGUACCUAUGCAUGUUUCUGUAGCUGUCUUGGGCUUUCA